AAUAUUGCCUUUAUCAUAUAAUUGAGGGGAAUGAAAGUGACAUCUACAUACACAAGACUGGACAUUUCACUCAUGUUUUCAUUGAUGAAGCUGGUCAAGCUACUGAACCUGAAUGUCUCAUUCCAAUGCUGCUAGUAUCUGAGGAAGAUGGACAGAUUGUGCUUGCUGGAGACCCAAUGCAACUAGGACCAAUAAUAAAGUCGAGAAUUGCUUCAGCUUAUGGUCUGUCUGUUUCACUUUUGGAGCGAUUAAUGACACGUCCUUCAUAUUGUAGAGAUGAAAACUUUGCUGCAUUUGGAUCCUACAGUCCUCUUUUGGUGACAAAGCUAGUGAAUAAUUAUCGUUCACAUUCAUCUUUACUUGCCCUGCCUUCUAAAUUGUUUUAUCAUGAAGAGCUAAAGAUGUGUUCAGAUCAGUCUGUGGUCAGCAAGUUCUGUAACUGGGAGAAAUUGCCCAGGAAAGGAUUUCCGAUAAUUUUUCAUGGAUUGAGGGGAAAUGAAAUGAGGGAAGGUAGCAAUCCAUCAUGGUUCAAUCCUAAAGAGGCAGUUCAAGUAAUGCGUUAUUGCUGUCUCCUGGCAAAACACUGUACAAACCCAGUAAAGCCUUCUGAGAUUGGGGUCAUUGCACCCUACCAAAAACAA